AAGAAAGGGAGUGACAUUAUCAGAUAUAUUUUUUAUGAGGACCACUGGAUUAUUUAUAGAAGAUAGACAAGAAUGAGAAUACACUGGGGCACCUGGGUGGCUCAGUCAGCAGAAUCCAUGAGCUAGCCCGGAAACUCCCAGGCAUCAGACAGGAACUGGAAACGAGAGUGGGCGUGCCGAGCUGCCAGCAUGGCGCAGUACAAGGGCACGAUGCGGGAGGCCGGCCGGGCCAUGCACCUGAUCAAGAAGCGGGAAAAGCAGAAGGAGCAGAUGGAGGUGCUGAAGCAGCGGAUCGCCGAGGAGACCCUCAUCAAGUCGAAGGUGGACAAGAAAUUCUCGGCUCAUUACGACGCCGUGGAGGCCGAGCUGAAGUCGAGCACGGUGGGCCUGGUGACCCUGAACGACAUGAAGGCCAAGCAGGAGGCCCUGCUCAAGGAGCGGGAGAUGCAGCUGGCCAAGAGGGAGCAGCUGGAGGCGCGGCGGCUGCAGCUGGAGGCACUGCGGGAGAAGGAGCGCAAGCAGGAGCAGAAGCGCAAGAUCUGCAGCCUGUCCUUCACGCUCGACGAGGGCGACGAGGGCAACGUGGAUGAGGAGGUGGCGGCUAGGGAGCAGCCCACGUCGGCGGGGCUGAGCAAGAAGAAGAACCUGGGGAAGAAUCCAGAUGUGGACACGAGCUUCCUGCCUGACCGCGACCGCGAGGAGGAGGAGAACCGGCUGCGGGAGCAGCUGCGGCAGGAGUGGGAGGCCAGGCGCGAGAAGGUGAAGCGCGAGGAGAUGGAGGUCACGUUCAGCUACUGGGACGGCUCCGGGCACCGGCGCACCGUGCGCAUCCACAAGGGUGGCACCGUGCAGCAGUUCCUGAAGAGGGCCCUGCAGGGGCUGCGCAAGGACUUCCGUGAGCUGCGGUCGGCGGGCGUGGAGCAGCUCAUGUACAUCAAGGAGGACCUGAUCCUGCCCCACUACCACACCUUCUACGACUUCAUCAUCACCAAGGCCCGGGGCAAGAGUGGGCCGCUCUUCAACUUCGACGUGCACGAUGACGUGCGGCUGCUGAGUGACGCCACCAUGGAAAAGGAUGAGUCACACGCGGGCAAGGUGGUGCUGCGGAGCUGGUACGAGAAGAACAAGCACAUCUUCCCCGCGAGCCGCUGGGAACCCUACGACCCUGAAAAGAAGUGGGACAAGUACACGAUCCGAUGACCCCCUUCCCGCUCCUCUGAGGCUCCCUGUCAUGUCCCACCCCCACCUUGUCCUGCAUAUGGAGCCUUGGCGGCCCCCUGGUGACCUCCUGCCCACACCGAGGCAGCGACAGCCAGCAGAGGAAACGGUUUUCUGUACCCUGGAAAUUCCAACUUAAUUUGGUGACCUUCAUUUCUUUCCCGAAAUUUAAUAAAGAGCCGAAAGUUCUCGUGA